AGGCUAAAGAGGGCGGGCCCAGCCCCACUUCCUCCGUCUCCUCAUCUGGGCUUCCUGUCGUCACAGUGUGAUCACAUUUAUUCCCCCUUCACUUCUCCUUUUACACAAAUAGCCCCGACAUCCGUGUCACCAGUCUUGUCUUGGCGCCUCGUUGAUAAUCACCAAUUCUGCCUAAAGGACUGAGGAAAAGAGUCUGCAAAAGGGCAAGAAUAUCUCAGCAUGGGCAUGAGUAGCUUGAAAUUGCUGAAGUAUGUCCUGUUUUUCUUCAAUUUGAUCUUUUGGCUCUGUGGCUGUUGCAUUUUGGGCUUUGGGAUCUACCUCCUGAUCCAUAACAACUUUGGAGUGCUCUUCCAUAACCUCCCCUCCCUCACGCUGGGCAAUGUGCUUGUCAUCGUGGGUUCCAUUAUCAUGGUGGUUGCCUUCCUGGGCUGCAUGGGAUCCAUCAAGGAGAAUAAGUGCCUGCUUAUGUCGUUCUUUGUCCUGCUGCUGAUUAUCCUCCUUGCUGAGGUGACCUUGGCCAUCCUGCUCUUCGUGUAUGAACAGAAGCUGAAUGACUAUGUGGCUGAGGGUCUGACUGAGAGCAUCCAGCAAUAUUAUUCAGACAACAGCACCAAGGCGGCAUGGGACUCCAUCCAGUCAUUUCUGCAAUGUUGCGGUGUAAAUGGCACGAGUGAUUGGAUGGGCAGCCCACCAGCAUCUUGCCCCUCAGAACCACAAGUUAAGGGUUGCUAUGUAAAAGCAAAACUGUGGUUUCACUCUCCACUUUCCUGUAUAUCGGAAUCAUCACUAUCUGUGUAUGGUGUGAUCCAGGUAUUGGGGAUGUCCUUUGCACUGACGUUGAAUUGCCAGAUUGACAAAACCAGCCAGGUCCUAGGAUUAUGACCUGCGGCUGCCUUGUGCUGGAGAGACUUGUUUCAUCACUGUAAAUCCAAAACCACUUGUAACAUGAAGCCCUAAAUGACCACCUCCUGAACUGGUGUCUUUGUCCCCCUCCCAUCUCUUCCCUGUUGAGUCCCUGUCUCAUACAACCAGAGAAGAGGGUGUUGGUCAGGCACUUCCCAUCUCAGAUAGCAAGACAAUCCUUUACCAUUCAUGGCAGCAGCUUUGUCACUCAUUAAUAACUGAGCAUUUAUCAGACAUGAAAGUCCAAGAGAACCUGUGGUACUAAUGGCUCAAGAUCAAAGGAUGGGUCUGCAGCUUGAGUUUUUGCAUCUUCCCAUUGUCAAACAAGUCUCUGGCCUCUAAAUCAUGCCCAGCCCACUCUCCAAAGUCAAUCAAGAGAUAAGCUUAAGGGAGCUCUGGGGCCAGGUUCACUGGAUCGUUGUCACAAUCCUCUGUUUCCUUUUGUCUGGGGGCCUUGGCUACAGGAAUGACAGAGUACCCUUUCUCCAAAGGUUAGGUUUCAUUUCAAUUUCUUUAUUAAAGGGUCUUAUUGAUUCAUCUAAGUCUUUCCAAAAUAAACUAUCCAAUGACUCACAUCCUGACUUCUGCCAAUCUCUUAGCCUUUGAUUUACAUAACUAUGAAGGAAUUCAGCAGGAUAGGUAUUUCUGGUGGUUUAGGUGAUAAUCACAUUCAAAAGAGUUCUGGUGUUAUUUCUCUUUCAGAUAAGGUUUUGUUAAUGUACUAUUUUAAUUCUUCAAUAAAUAAAAUAGCUUAUGUUCUGUCAA